GUGUCUUAAAACAUCAUUUUGAGUAUUGACAAAUAAACCCUUUUGUACUCUCACUCUAAUUAUCUGAUUAAUCUCUCUCUUUUUUCUCCUCUCUCUCUGUUUGUGUUCUAAUUAUAAUUAUCCAAUGGAUUCACAUAAUAAUGGCUCCAUUGCUUUGGUUCUGAGUAUUGUUUUCGUGUUCUUGGAGGUUGGGUCAUGCGUUAGACAACAUGGGUUUGAUAUGCCAAAGGAAAUGGAUUUGUCUGCUAACGGAGAUCUUGUCACGAACUUGCCUGGACAACCCGACGUUCAAUUCAAACAUUACUCGGGUUAUGUCACAGUCAACGAAUCCAACGGUCGUGCUUUGUUCUACUGGUUUUUCGAGGCCAUGGAUCUCCCAAACGACAAACCUCUAGUCCUCUGGCUCAAUGGAGGUCCUGGUUGUUCUUCUGUGGGAUAUGGAGCAACACAAGAAAUUGGUCCAUUUCUCGUGGACACCACAGGAAACGGACUUAAAUUUAAUCCUUACGCAUGGAACAAAGAAGCCAACAUGCUGUUUCUGGAAUCUCCUGUUGGUGUUGGCUUUUCAUAUUCAAACACAACUAGUGAUUAUAAAAAUCUUGGUGAUGACUUUACAGCGAAUGACGCUUACGUUUUCCUGCACAAAUGGUUCGAGAGGUUCCCCUCUUACAAGAAAAGAACGUUCUAUAUCGCUGGAGAGAGCUAUGCAGGGAAGUAUGUGCCUGAGUUAGCAGAGGUUAUUUACGACAACAACAACAAGAACCCGUCUCUAAGAAUCGACCUUCAAGGCAUCUUGCUGGGCAAUCCCGAGACGUCGGAUGCUGAAGAUUGGAGAGGAUGGGUGGAUUAUGCGUGGAGUCACGCUGUGAUUUCAGACGAAACGCACAGAGUGAUAAGCAGAACCUGCAAUUUCAGCAGCGACGAUACGUGGAGUAACGACGAAUGUAACCUAGCUGUGGAAGAAGUGCUGAAGCAGUACCACGAGAUCGAUAUCUACAGCUUAUACACGUCCGUUUGCAUCGGCGAUUCAGCACGUUCCGACGUUAAAGCUGCGCAAUUUCAGAUCAAACGCUCCUCCAAGAUGAUGCCGAGACUGAUGGGUGGAUACGACCCGUGUUUGGACGAUUACGCUCGAGUAUAUUACAACAGACCGGAUGUUCAGAAGGCUCUUCAUGCAAGUGAUGGUGUUAAUCUCAGGAACUGGAGCAUUUGCAACAUGGAGAUUUUCAGUAAUUGGUCGGACUCCAAGCCAUCUGUUUUGCCGAUAUAUGAGAAACUCAUCGCCGGAGGAUUAAGAAUAUGGGUUUACAGUGGAGACACAGACGGGAGAGUCCCGGUCCUUGCGACAAGAUACAGCUUAAGUGCUCUUGAAUUGCCCAUCAAGGCAGCUUGGAGACCGUGGUAUCACGAGAAACAGGUAAGUGGGUGGGUUCAAGAAUACCAAGGCCUCACAUUCGCAACGUUCAGAGGGGCAGGACAUGCAGUCCCUUGCUUCAAACCGAGCAGUUCUCUCGCCUUUUUCUCGGCUUUUCUCAGCGGUGUGUCUCCGCCUUUAUCCCGAUAGAGAAGCAAAUAUAUAUUCGAUGUUAUAAAAUCUCGAAGAAGAAAAAAAGUUACAAGAUUUUGGUUUGGUUAACAUGUUAACAUGUCAAGAGGAACAAGAAGAAGCAAGGAGAAAGAUGCAAUGUUGCUUGAUAAACAAUAUAAUGAAAAGAAAAACCGUUGCUUAAAUUUUGACGGUCCAAUCAAUUUUUUUUUUUUAUAAUUCGAAAGUUCACCGUACCUUAGCCCAAUUAAAUCUCCCUCAAAGAUCGGAUAAGUUCAA